ACUCUCUCUUUUCUUCUACGCCUCUUUCUCUUUAUCUCUCAACCUACGUUUUCUUUCUUUCAGCUUCUAGAUUCUUAAAGGCGUGUUAGUUUCAGUAAUUCCCUCUCUUGUUAUUUAAACACAAAAACCCUUUAAACCAAAAUGGAGGAAGGUGUUAGUGGCAGAGAUAUUAGGGUUUGUUAUCUCAUUCCCAGGUUGAUCUCCGGUGCACUUACGGGACUCUUUGCACUCGCUGGGGCGUUCACGGGUGCCAUCACUGGUGCUUUAGCAGGUAUAGCUUCUGAUAGCGGCAUCCUCCGUGGAGCUGGACUGGGUGCUCUUGCUGGGGCUAUUCUCUCUGUGGAGGUUUUGGAGGCUUCACGUGCGUAUUGGUGUCAAGAGCUCUCUGGCACAAGAAACUCAUCAAUGGCGGAUUUUAUGGAGGAGCUCCUUCGUGGAAGAUUCGCAGAGGAACGUUUUCCACCUGAACUUUUAACAGCGUAUCAUUGGCAGGUCACGGUUUCUGCGUUGCGGCCUGUUGAGAUGCUUGUUUUUAGCGAUGAAAUAUCAUACAAAGGGUUGUCAAAGGAUUCACUAAGACGCUUGCCAUGCCACGAGAUUUCAAAUGAAACUAAACCAACUCAAACCAUUUGUUGCACAAUCUGUUUGCAGGAUAUCGAAGUAGGUGAAAUUGCUCGGAGCUUGCCUCGAUGUGAACACUCGUUUCACCAAACUUGUGUGGAUAAGUGGCUAAGUCGACAUGGCUCGUGCCCCAUCUGUCGACAACAUGUAUAAGUUUUUGUUAGAGCGAUUAUGUAUAAAUUUCCCGGUGUAUAUAUAUGUGAUGCUGUUGGGAUGUAGAUAGUUUGCUAUGUAACAUCAUCACAAAUCUGCAUUUUAUAUCUCAAUAAUUCUGAAAUAAAAGCUGUAAUCAAAUCUUGA